CCAAUCAUCAAAAGACUACCUAAAUCUAUGAAGAAAUAUGGUAAGAGAUUUGUCAAUGCACCGGUUUCCCAUUUGACUGCAUUUGUUAUCCUUCAUGAAUUGACUGCCUUGGUUCCUUUCUUGGGAUUAUGGUAUGGGUUUCACCAAUUCGGGUUCUUACCAACAGAUAUACCUUCAUGGGUGCUUAUCAAAGGCUCAGGGGUAAUUGAGCAUAUUUUGGGUGAAACUGCGCAAAACUAUUCAGUUGAGGAAAGAACCAGAUUGAUUGUUGAAGGAGCAACUGCCUAUGGUAUCGUGAAAGCUACAUUCCCAGUGAGAGUGUUUAUAUCGUUGUUUAUGACCCCUUGGUUUGCUCGUGUGUUCGUUCUACCAAUGAAGAACUUGUUU